AUGGGCUGCGGAGAGGCACAACCUAAGCUGCUGAAGGCGCAGGAGCAGCAGGGCCAGGUGGUUGUGACCGGGUUGGGCAUCUUGAACGUGGUGCUCGACUACCAGCUCGCGCAAUUCGUGCAAUCGAAUAUGCAGCAGCUUCACCACGUGCUCCUGGGCUGUCUGACAUCAGACAAUCCCAAGAUCAUCGCCUCGCUCUGCAUCCUGCUCAGCAAGAUGAUCAAGACCUUCCCGCUUCACCAGCCCCAGCCCCAGCCCCAGCCCCAUCCGGAGAUCACGUCCUUCUACAGCGACAUCGAGCAGACCAUCUCCACCACUCUCGGCUCCGACUACAAGGCCUCGCUGUGGUCGGGCAUGGUGAUCAUCCUCAAGACGCUGUCCAACCACCAGGCCGACUAUGCCGACCGCUUCCUCUCCCUCCUGGUGAAGCUGCUCCAGCGCCUCGCGAAGGAGCACCUGUCCGGGACGACCCGUGGAGGGUCCCCGCAAGGCGAUGAUCAGCAGCAGGCCCUGCUCCUCCUCCAGCAGCAGCAGCAGCAGCAAGCAAAUGUCUCCUCGUCGUCGUCGGGCCUCCCGGCCGCCGGUAAGGCUGCUGCGGGCGCGGUACCCUCCCCGCUCCCCGCCAAAAAGCUGCUGCCCGGCGGCGCUCCCGGUGUCUCCGCUGCUGGCGGCCCACAACAGCCGGGAACCACCCUCGCCUCUGGUGCCAUGAGCCUCCCCACGAUCAAGAUGUGCAUCAGUCUCAUCAGCGCGCGCGUCGACCAUGUGCCAGCGGGGGACAAGAAGGGCUUCUUCGGCACGCUGUACGCGCUGAUCGAAAAAUCGCAAGACGUCCAGCUGCUGCGCGCGAUCACACGGAUGGUGGCUCACUGGAUCAAAAGUGGACCGGCGCACGAGGCAACGGCGGGCAAGGAGCGGGACGCCGCCGACAUGUCACGCCUGGCCCUCGCUGACAUGGCCAUCAUGCCCUUCGAUGAUGAUUCCGACGACCACCACCACGACGUCCGCCCCACCCACGAAGAAGACCUCAUGCUCCUGGAAGACGAACCAUCCGGCCCUCACCGGGCUGCUGCCGCGGUUACCGCCACCGCCACCGCCACCACCCCGACUCUCACCCUCAAGGAGAAGUGCAACUUCCUCCUGCGCAUGACUCGCUUCGACAAGAUCGCCGAUGCCCCGCUCCAGGCAGCCUUCCUCGACCUCGUCCUGCAGGUGUAUCUGGACGGAACCGCCUCCGCUGAAGAGCUGAGUCAGCUGGAGCCGGCCUUCCUGAUGGGCCUGCGCGCCAAGGACGCCGACAUAAGGAACAAAUUCCUCUCGCUCUACCACUCCCGCGUGGCUCACCUGGUGGGCGAGAGGCUGCGCCACAUCGUGGCUGGCCAGUCGUGGGAGCCCCUGGCCGACACCUUCUGGAUCCGCCACGCCGGUGAGCUCCUUCUCGGUGCUAUCCGCUCUCAAGCGGCGCAGCUGCCUGCGCUGGGCGCUUACGCCACACGCGCUCGCUCCUGCGAAGAAGCGCUGGUAUACAAGGACUCGGACGUGGCGUACCACCUGUGGGCGUCGUUGUUUCCGUGCGCGUGGACCCGGCUCUCGGACGAGGAGCGGGAGAGCGUCAACAAGGGGUGCGUGCAGCUGCUGGGCAAGGACUACCACAGCGUGCAGCGCUUUAUCCAGCCCAACGUCAUGCAGGCCCUCCUCCAUUCUCUCUCCCGGUGCAACCCGCCGCCUGUCCUGCCCGGAGAGCUGGUCAAGUACGUGGGCAAGACCUACAAUGCCUGGCACACGGCUUCCGCUUUCCUCGAGCCCCUCGCCUCGCUUCCCCCGCCCGCUUCCUCCUCCUCCUCCUCUGUCACUUCCGCCGCUACCCCCUUCCCGCCAGCCCAGCAGCAAGUAUCGCAGCAGCAGCAGCACGAGGGCGAGGACUUGUGGGAAAGGGCCGUCGAUGGACUGGGCGAGCUCUAUCAGCUGCUCGGCGAAGAGGACCUGGCCUACGGACUCUGGCAGCGGCGAUGCACCCUCCCUAUCACGAGGAGCGCUCUACAUCUGGAGCAACACGGACUGUGGCAAAGGGCACAGGACCUAUACUACCACGGGAUGACGCGAGCACAGACAGGGCUCCUCAAGCCACCAGAGAGGGAUCCCGCCUGGGAAAUGGGCCUCCUCGAAGAGCAUUGGAUCAACUGUGCCAAGCGACUCCAACAGUGGGACCUGCUCACGGAAUUCGCCAAGGGCCAAAACGCAACAGAACUGGUGCUCGACUGUGCGUGGAAGAUUGGCGAUUGGAACUCCAUGCGCGACGCUCUGGCUCGCUAUGCCGGAGCAGCUUCAGACACGCCACAACUCAAGGUGUAUCAGAGCUACGUGGCGGUGCAGGACGGGAAGCCGGGCGACGUGGACGCCCUCACAGUGCAGGCUUCCCAUCUCGGGCUGCUGCACUGGCACUCGCUGCCCCCCAUCCCGUCCCCUGCGCACACCCCACUCCUGCAGGCCUUCCACCAGCUCGUUGAGCUCCGCGAGUCUGCUCAGAUCAUCAAAGAGAUCAACGGCACCAACCGCCAUCAGGCCAUUCCGGAGAUCAAAAACAUUCUCACGACGUGGCGCGAGCGGCUGCCCAACGAGUGGGAGGAUGUGGGGGUGUGGACCGACAUCCUGACGUGGCGGCAGCACGUGUUUACUCUCAUCAACGGUGCCUUCCAGCCGCUCCUCGAGGUCAACUCCUCGGUGGCCUACAUCGGGCACCACGAAGCAGCCUGGACCAUCAACAGGUUUGGCCAUGUGGCGAGGAGGCACGACCUGGUAGACGUGUGCUUGUCGUGGCUGUCUCGCAUCUACUCCCUCCCCAACAUCGAGAUCCACGACGCCUUUGUGAAGCUCCGCGAGCAGGUCAAGUGUUACAGGCGCCUCGCCGCCCAGUCAAAUUCCCCCGGUGCUGCCGCCAACUUCUACCGUACGGCUCUCGAUAUCAUCAACUCCACCAACCUCGACUUCUUCGGACCCCAGCAAAAGGCCGAGUUCUUCUACCUCAAGGCCGAGUUCCUGGCGAAGCUGGGCUUCGGGGAGGACGCCAAUGGGGCCUACUCGACUGCGGUCUCCACGUGGGACGGACUGGGGCGAGGCUGGGCCGGGUGGGGCUCGUUCUGCGAGGCCAUGCACGCCGCCGGGUCGGCUUCUCCUCCGCUCCUCCGGGGCCACCAGCAGCAGCCCCAGCCGCAGGCCGAGACGGCCGCCGCCGGCAGCAAAGACGCUUCUUCCGUUCCUCGCCAGCCGCAUUCGUGGGUGGAAUUCGCGCUCAUCUGCUUCCUGCAAGCCAUGCGCGCCCAACCCGCUCUCUCUGAGUCGCUGGUGCCUCGCGUGCUCCUCCUCCUCUGCGACCAGCACGACCAGCAGCCCGACGACACCGACCAGCCGCCUCAGCCUGCUGGUGGCCAGCAGCAGCAGCAGUGGCAGGAGCCUUCGUCGCCUGCUGCUGCUGCUGCUGCUGCUGCUGCUAGUACGAGCAGCUCGGCCUCCGGAGCAGCUCCUGCUGCUGCUGCUGCAGCAGCGGAGGAACCGGCGGGGGCGGGGACCGCUGUGGCGGAACCGGAGACGUGGGAGAAGCAGCUGGCGGGCACCUUCGAUACCUUUUCGGAGAACGUGCCCAUGUGGGUGUGGAUCCCGUGGCUUCCCCAGCUCCUCGCCGCCCUCUCGCGUCCCGAGGGUGUCCAGCUCAAGGGCGUGCUGGCCAAGCUCGCUUCGCUCUACCCGCAGGCCGUCUACUACCCGCUCCGCAACUUCAUCUUCGAGCAGCGCCUCCUGGCCUACUCUCGCUCCCGCAAGAAGACACAACUACUCGAAGCCGCCGCCGCCGCCGUCCACUCUACCGGCAGCAGUGAACAACAACAGGCGCCGCCGGUGGCACUGCAGGAGCAACCGCCGCCGCCGCCCGUGAAGGAGGAGGGCGACCCUGGGACGUCCGCGCAGGCCGAUGACAAGAAGAAGCGGCAAGGCCUGCUCUUUGGCGAGGAGGUGAUGAGCAUCAUGAAGAAUUCCUUCCCGGCGGUGGUCGCCAAGAUGGAGGAGAUGGUCAAGGAGAUCACCAAGUGCGUGACCAUCUCCACCGAGGAACGCCUCCUCCAGGUCUGGCAAGAGGUGUGGGACGAGUGCAACCGCUACGCCAACUGCAUCGCGGAGGGGCUGCCCGACGCCGUGAUGGCCAAACUCUGCUCCAUUCGAGACACGGCCUUCGAACCUCGGCCCGACAUGAAAGAACCCGAGAAGGAAAAGCUCGCCGCCAAGAAAGUGCAAAUGACCCAGGAUUUCUGCUUCACCAACGGCAGGUGCUGCCUCACCAACGACCAAGCGCAGGCCAAGGUGAAGGAGUGGCUCCGGCGGGUGUCGGACGAAGUCGAAGGCUUACCGCCGUCACUCAACCUCGAAGAACUGAGUCGCUAUCUUGUGGGCUUCAAGUCCAACACCAUUGAGUACGUGAGCUUCGGGGAGCCGGGGAUCGACCACCACGUACGCAUCGACGGAUUCGAGGCCGAGGUGCUGGUGUCCCACGGGGGCAAGCUGUCGCAGCGUUGCCUGGUGCUGCGGGGCAGCAAUGGGAAGACCUACCCCUUCCACCUCCUGGCCCAGCCUUCCUUCCUCGCCACGCUCUCGGACAUCUCCGCUGGCAACGACAACGGUGCCGACAACCGGAUGGGCCAGUUCCUGCGCCUCGUCAACGGCAUGCUACAGAAGAACGUGCAGACACGCAAGCGACAGCUCAAUUUCUUCCUGCCGCCGAUGAUCGCUCUCUCGCCUGCUGUGCGGCUGGUACAGGCCGAAGCAGACCUCGGCUCCCUUGCUCAGAUAUACCAGGGAGACUGCCGCCGGCGUGGAGUUGAUCCCGACGAUCUCUUCCGUGUGUACAAGAACCGGUUGGUUGAGGCUGUGCCUUCAGCCACGGAGCCUCAACAGAGCCUUAGUGUAGCCUACCACGAGGCUUGUCGUACCGUUGUGCCAGCCACCGCCUUCAGUCAGGCAAUCCACCGUAGCUUCGGAGCGGCCACGCAGUUGUUCAUGUUUAAGCGCCAAUUUGUGACGCAGCUGGCUCUCACCUCCUUCCUUGGCCACGCCAUGGCGGUAUCUCAUCGCGCCCCGAGCAACAUCUACUUCUCCCGAUCGACUGCAAACAUCCUCCACCUGGCUUUUACCCCGGAGUUCAACAAGGCGAGCGGACAACUCGAGUGGUGCGACGCUGCCCAGGAGCACCUGCGAGGAUUUCUGCUGCUCUACAUGCGGGAUGAGCUGGCGGGGAAAUUCUCCAAGGACACCGCCGCAGCCAACGUUGUGAUGCUGAUGCAACGGCUGGUCCACCUCGGCUUCUUUGCCCACGGCGACAAGGCUGAGGAUGUCAACAAGAAAGUAUGCCAGCUGCUGGAGGCCGCAACUGAUCCCAACAACCUCGCUGCAAUGGACCCAACCUGGCUGCCUCCCUUCUAG